CACUAGAGGGAGCUGCAUGCCUAAAUGUUAGCUCAGCUACAAUGUGUUAUCUAGCUUGGCUUUCUGUUUGUUCUCUAUGGUUAGAUAUACUUCCUACUUGAAAUGUCUGUAUAUAGUUUGCCAUGUUGGAGCUCUAAUAAACAAGUUGUUUAAGCAUUACCAUUGAGUCCUGCACAACUCCACUGUGAACCCAACACUUUUUGUGGCGACGAGGAUUAGAACUCUGCUGUCUGGACAGAGCAGCAGAAUAGGAAAAGAGAACUCACUGGACAAACUUCAGAUCCACUGCAGACAUGGCUACCCUGGGACACAUGGAGGAAUUUGAUGUAAGUGACCCUUCUUCUUGGGACUUAUAUGCAGAGAGACUUUCUUACUUCCUAGAAGCAAACACUAUAGCUAACCCUGAGCAAAAGAGGGCAGUGCUACUGACUGUCUGUGGGGCUAAAACAUUUUCAGUCAUUCGCUCACUCACUGCCCCGGCCUCUCCAAAAACAAAGUCUUAUGAGGAGUUAAUAGCAAUGUUAAAGGCACAUUUUUCUCCAACACCAUCUGUCAUUAUACAGAGAUUUCACUUCCACAAAAGAAACCAAAGAGCAGAUGAAACAAUUUCUACCUAUAUUGCAGAAUUACGGCACAUAGCAGAGCAUUGCCAGUUUGGAGAGUUCCUUAAUGAUAUGCUGAGAGAUCAGUUAGUCUGUGGGAUUCAGAAUGAGGCCUUGCAGCGCCGGCUUCUCGCUGAGCCUAACCUGACACUGGCAGCUGCGCAGGAGAAGGCCUUGGCUGCAGAAACUGCACUUUUACACACUAAGGCAAUUCAUCAUACAGCAACCAGUGUGCACACCAUAUCCUCCAAACAGGGAGAUGACAUUCAAUUUCAAAACAACAAACCAAAAGACUAUUUUGCAACAAAUGCAUCACCAUUUACACCAUGUAUUGGAUGUGGUGGUCAGCACAGACGCUCUGUAUGCCCUUUUAAGAAUGCCGUCUGUCAUUACUGCAAAAAGAAAGGCCAUGUAAUACGAGUUUGCAAAGCAAGAGUUAAUCAGGAAAAACAAAGCGAUAAUGCAAAGUUUUCACAUAAAAAUUUACCAACAAAUAAAGGGGCAGCCACUGGAACAGAGGUCAACCAGCUGUAUCAUAUCCAACAUGUCAACAGUAAGGGCCCCGUAAACUCUGAAAUUACUGCAAAUGUUUUUAUACAUGGCCAUCGGUGUGAAAUGGAGAUUGACUCAGGAGCCGCAUUUACCAUAAUAAGCUCUGAAUUAUUUGAUAAACUGUUCCCUCACAAUCCUCCCACAUUAUCAAAGCCAGGGUGCACACUCCGUGACUAUAAUGGACAGUCUGUUGAGCUUCUUGGAAGUUGUGAUGUGAGUGUUCAGUACAACACAUUCAGCGGAAUGUUACCCCUGAUUGUUGCCAAAGGUACUCAAAAAAGCCUUUUGGGAAGGAACUGGUUCUCUCCAUUAAAAAUCAGCAUCCAAGGCAUCCAUGUUGUCACUGGGGGAUCAGUAAAGAAGGCCAUUGAGGAAUUUCCACAAGUUUUUGCAAAUGAACUAGGCACUUACAAGGGUCCACCUGUGUCACUUAGAUUAGACCCUGCAAUCUCACCCAUACACAUGAAAGCCAGAUCUGUGCCAUAUGCUUUACGUCCAAAAAUUGAAGCUGAACUUGAACGUCUCACAGCACAAGGGGUCUUUGAGCCAGUGACACACACACAAUGGGCAACCCCAAUUGUGCCAGUUCUUAAGCCUAAUGGUGAUGUGAGACUCUGUGGAGACUAUAAAUGCACAGUAAAUAAAGCUCUUAAUCAGCAUCCAUAUCCUGUGCCUGCUGUGAAUCAACUGUUAUCCACACUAGCUGGUGGCAAGGUUUUUGCAAAACUUGAUCUUGCCCAGGCAUACCAACAGUUGUUGGUGGAUGAAGCUUCUGCAGAUGCCCAGACUAUUAUUACCCAUCGGGGUGCAUUCAGGGUAAAGCGCCUCCAGUUUGGAAUUUCAACUGCACCAGGAAUAUUCCAGCACUUUAUGGAAACCUUGCUAUCCAGCAUUCCUGGUGUUGUACCAUAUUUUCAUGAUGUUCUACUAAUGGGGCCAUCUGAAAGUAUACUGGCUGACCGCCUUAGAGAAGUACUAUCUCGUUUUGAUUCAUCAGGCAUUCGUUUAAAAAAAGAAAAGUGUGAGAUCGGAGCUACCAGCGUAAACUUCUUGGGGUACCGUAUAGAUGCUUCAGGCAUUCGUCCUACAGAAAGUAAAGUGAAAGCUAUCCAUGAUGCACCUGAACCAAAAUGUAAACAAGAACUUCAAGCAUUCCUUGGGUUGCUCAAUUUCUAUCACAGCUUCCUUGCUCACAAGGCAACAGUGGCAGAGCCUCUUCAUCGCUUGCUUGACAAAGGGGUCCCAUGGAAUUGGACUCCUAAACAUUCAGAGGCCUUCUGCAAAGUUAAACAGUUGCUGACAUCUGAUUCUCUUCUUGUCCAUUAUGAUGAAGAUCGGCCAUUAAUACUUACUACAGAUGCAUCUCCUUAUGGUGUGUACCACUAGAGGGAGCUGCAUGCCUAAAUGUUAGCUCAGCUACAAUGUGUUAUCUAGCUUGGCUUUCAGCUUGUUCUCUAUGGUUAGAUAUACUUCCUACUUGAAAUGUCUGUAUAUAGUUUGCCAUGUUGGAGCUCUAAUAAACAAGUUGUUUAAGCAUUA